CUUUUCUUCCUCCCUCCGUACAUUUUCUUUCUCAAUUCCUUUCCGUUCCUCUUUCUUCCUCUUUUCUUCAAUGCCAUUCAAUAUUAUUAUUCCAUUCCCUCCUUCACCCCUUCUUCUUCAGCCCCAUUUCACCAACACAUAACCUUCUCCACACAAUUGCAAAUCCAGUGUCUAAAUAACUCGGGCGAGCACGCACGCCGCCGCCUAUCGUUGCGUGCAUUUACCUUAAGCAUCCAAAAGCAUUUAGACUAAUGGCAAAGCCAUUUCCGUCGUCGUCGUCGCCUGCUACCGGCUUCAUCAUUCUCAUUGUCAUUUCAUUAGAGAUUAUUGUUUCUUGUAGUGCUUCCACCGAUGCGGAUGCGCUUCUCAAGUUCAAGAGCUCUCUUGAUAUUAGUAGCAACAACGACGCAUUGGGGAAUUGGGGUUCGGGUGGGUCUUCAUCUUCCCCUUGCUCCGGCAAUAAGGCGAAUUGGGUCGGUAUUCUUUGUGAGAAGGGAAAUGUUUGGGGAUUGAAGCUUGAGAGUAUGGGGCUCAAAGGGAAUAUUGACAUUGAGUCCCUUGAAGGGGUGCCUCAUUUAAGGACACUCAGUCUUAUGAAUAAUGAGUUUGAAGGUUCUUUGCCUGAUAUUAAGAGACUUGGGGCAUUGAAAUCUUUGUAUUUGUCAAGGAAUCACUUUUCAGGGAAUAUUCCUGGUUAUUUUUUUUCAAAUAUGUUGUCUUUGAAGAAGGUUCAUUUGGCUAAUAAUGAAUUGGAAGGUCAAAUUCCUUGGUCUUUGGUUGAGUUGCAUCGUUUGUUGGAGUUAAGGCUUGAAGGAAACAAAUUUUCUGGUCAAAUCCCCAAUUUUCAACAAAACACUAUCAAGGCCUUUAAUCUCUCUAAUAAUGAUCAACUUCAUGGCCAAAUCCCACCAGCUCUCUCCCGCUUGGAUCCGUCCUCUUUUUCAGGCAUUGAAGGUUUAUGUGGAGCACCACUUAACAAACCAUGCAACGCCUCAAAGGUGCCAUCAAUUGGGAGCAUUAUCAUGGUUUCAAUAGCUGUGACAUUGGCUCUUCUUGCCAUUGGUGCAGGAAUAGUCAUCCUGAGCCGUUGUAACCAAUCCUCGUCUAACAAUGAGGAUCCAGCCCAUGGAAAAUCUCCAAGUGCUAAUGAGCAAGAUCAAGGAGCCGGGGUGAAGUCACCAGAUCGUGGCUCAAGCAAUGGAAGCGUGACAGGAAAACGGUCAGCCGAUAGUGCUAAAUUAUCAUUUGUAAGAGAGGAUUCAGAGAGGUUUGAUUUAUCAGAUUUGCUUAAAGCCUCAGCAGAAAUCCUAGGAAGUGGGUGCUUUGGUUCUUCUUACAAAGCAGCUUUGACCAAUGGACCUGUGAUGGUUGUAAAGAGGUUUAAGCAAAUGAACAACGUGGAUAGAGAGGAAUUCCAAGAACACAUGAGAAGAAUUGGAAGAUUGAAACACACUAAUUUGCUUCCUCUUGUGGCUUACUAUUACAAAAAAGAAGAAAAACUUCUCAUAACAGAUUAUAUUGAGAAGGGCAGCUUGGCUGUUCACCUUCAUGGACAUAAAGCUGUGGGACAACCAGCCCUGGAUUGGCCUGCAAGAUUGAAGAUCGUCAAAGGCGUUGGAAAGGGUCUUCGAUAUCUAUACAGUGAGCUUCCAAGUUUGAUAACCCCACACGGCCAUCUCAAGUCCUCAAAUGUACUUAUAAAGGCAAAUUAUGAGCCCCUUCUUUCAGACUACGGCCUAAUCCCGGUCGUGAACCAAGAGCACGCCCAUGAGCUAAUGGUGGCCUACAAAUCCCCGGAGUACUCGCAACAAGGUCGCAUUACAAAGAAGACAGACGUAUGGAGUUUUGGGCUAUUGAUCCUAGAAAUUCUAUCAGGUCAAUUCCCAGCCAACUUCUUGCAUCAGAACAAGAGUGGGGAGGAGGAAGAUUUGGCAAGUUGGGUAAAAUCAAUUCCUGAAAAAGAAUGGAACACCCGAGUAUUUGAUAAGGAAAUGGGACCAAACAAGAGCAGUGAGGGUGAAAUGAUGAAGCUUCUAAGGAUUGCAAUGGCAUGUUGCGAAAGCGACUUCGAGAAACGGUUGGAUUUACGAGAAGCUGUGGAGAAGAUUGAUGAAGUGAAAGAAAAAGAUGGGGAUGAAGACUUCUAUUCUUCAUAUGCAAGUGAAGCUGAUAUUAGAUCUUCAAGAGGAUUAUCUGAUGAACUCAACUUCACCAUGUAAGAUGAAGCUUGAGUUAACAAACAAACAAAAAAACGCUUUAUAAAAAGCAACAACAGAGACAGAGACAGACAUACAGACCUCCAUGAGAUGACAUAAAAAAAAUCACAUACUAAAGGGUGAGAGCCAGAGGUUGAGGAUGGAAGAUGGAAGAUACGGGCUUUUCGAUGAAAAAUAGUUAUAUAGGUUUUGAAUGUAGAAUGGGAAAAAAAAAUUAAUGUGUGUUUGCUAUUGGGUCAACAAUGCUUAGGAAGUUUGAUACAUAAUUGGUAAA